GCUGGACCACUGAGGGGACAUGUGACUGACCCUGCGGCCAGGGCGAGAGGACGUAAGGUGAUCGGGUUCCAGCGGGGUCAGAACGGCAACCUUGGGCCUCUGGAGCGGCGUGUCUGGCUGGCACACGGAAGCGAUCCACACCUCGGAGCUGGGAAAUCCAGGAAGGGAGUGUCCUUCAGGAUACACUCAAAAGAAAGUUCUCCAAAACAAAGUACCUGAAGCAAGGGAUGGCACUGGCCUUGAUUCACCCUAGCAAGCGUGCAUACUCUUUGUCUCCUCUGAGUCUGAAGGAGGAGCUUCAGGGAUUCAAAGUUCAAGGAAACAGAAAAGGCCUUGGGCAGGAACCAUUGAGCAAACAGUUCAGGCAGCUGCGCUAUGAGGAAAGCACUGGACCUCGAGAGGUUUUACGCCGACUCAGGGAGCUCUGCAGACAGUGGCUGCAGCCUGAGACCCGCAGCAAGGAGCAGAUCCUGGAGCUGCUGGUGCUGGAGCAGUUCCUGACCAUCCUGCCAAGAGAUCUGCUGGUCCAGGUGCUCGAGCACCACCCAGAGACUGGGGAGGACCUGGUGGGAAUACUAGAAGAUUUGCAGCGAGACCGUGAAGAAGCAGGACAACAGAAGGAGCCAACCCAAGGAAGCAGACAGACUGUACUGGUUGGAGGGACAGUCCCUCCCAAAGAAGUGCAGCAGCAACUGGUCCUGCCUGAGCAUGGGGUGCAGAAGCCUGAGAAGGAGAAGGGUAAGGAAACAAGGAAUGAUCAUGGAAAACUCAUUGUAAGGACAGACUCUUGUGGAAGAAUAGAAUCAUCUUGUACAACAUCUGAACCCAUUGAGGCCCACUUGGAAAAGCAACCAGCCAUGCCCAAGGAGAAAGCUAGCAGCCAAUGCUUGGAAACUAAGGAGGGACUUGUCCAGCACUCAGACAUGACUGAACAUGAAAGGGCACAUGCAGGAGAAAAGUCUUGUGAAUCUGUAGUGUGUCAGAGUUCUACUCCUACUGAACAUCCAGAAGUCCUCUCUAGAGAAAAAGGUCACCUCUGCCACGAGUGCGGGAAAGUCUUUCAGAGGAGUUCACACCUCGUCAGACAUCAGAAAAUCCAUCUUGGUGAGAAGCCUUACAAGUGCAAAGAGUGUGGAAAAGUCUUUAGCCAGAAUGCAGGUCUUUUGGAGCAUCUCAGAAUCCAUACUGGAGAAAAACCCUUUCUGUGUAUCUAUUGUGGAAAGAACUUUAGGCGAAGCUCUCAUCUUAAUCGACACCAAAAAACUCACAAUCAGGAGGAGCCCUGUAAAUGCAAGGAUUGUGGAAAAGUCUUUAGUAAGGCCCUACUCCUCUCCCACCAUCAGAAAAUCCAUGGUCGCUUCAAAAGGCAUUAUUGUAAUGAGUGUGGGAAAGCCUUCAGUUUGACUUCAGACCUUAUUCGACAUCACAGGAUUCACACUGGAGAAAAACCUUUCAAAUGUAAAGUAUGUCAGAAAGCCUUCCGCUUAAACUCACACCUCGAUCAGCAUGUCAGAAUCCACAAUGAAGAAAAACCCUACCAGUGUAGUGAAUGCAAAGAAGCUUUCAGGCAGAAGUCAGGUCUCUUUCAGCAUCAGAGACAUCACCACAAAAACAAAGUGGCUUGAUGAGCUUCUCUGAUAUCAGAAAGUUAUUUGACAAGCAAACAGUGCUUUGUAAAAAGUCACCAUGGCAUCAGAAUUCUUGGAGGCCAAAUUGGAAGCUGUUUGCCUCCAUUGCUUCCCUCUCCUUUAUUUUACUUAAAG